AUGACUCCUACCCUUCAUCUUCUUCUUCUGGUACUGCUCGCGCUCCUGGGGAAGCAGUCAGCGAAUGGUCAAGUGGCUAGAGACUGUACCGAAGUGCAAUGUGCGCCAAAUUUCGUCUGCGUACUGAGGAACACUGGAGGUGGUCUACAACCUUUUUGCGUGCCGGGAAAUUCUGCUGGGUGCUCAACAAUACAGUGUCCUGCUGGCCAGACAUGCACCUUCGUAGAACAGACCAACUGCGGUAGUGCAACAUGUCCUGCUGUUCCUCGGUGUACUCCGACAGGGUGA